GCUUAGUUAGAGUUCGUCUUGAUGGGAACCAAUUCACAGGCAAUAUAUCAAAAGACUUUGGUGUUUAUCCAAAUCUUGUUUUCAUAGAUAUGAGUCACAAUAAGUUAUAUGGUGAAAUUUCACAAAAAUGGGGACAAUGCGCACAAUUAGAAACCUUACUAAUUGUGGGAAACAACCUUAUUGGUAGCAUACCUCCCGAGAUUGUCAAUGCUGACAAAAUCCAUAAACUCGACCUUUCUUCAAAUCACUUAGUUGGGGCCAUUCCAAAAGGGUUCGGGAGAAUGACUGCUUUGCAAAAGUUGAUGUUGAAUGGAAAUCAACUUUCAGGCUGUAUACCUUCGGAAUUUGGAUUACUCGUUGAUCUUGAAUAUCUUGACUUGUCAUCAAACAAAUUAAAUGGCUCUAUUCCGAGCACAUUAGGCAACUUUCUCAAACUGUACCAUCUGAAUAUGAGCAACAAUCAAUUUUCCCAAGGAAUUCCAUUGAAGUUGGAAAAGUUAGUUCAAUUGAACGAACUUGAUUUAAGUCACAACUCACUUGAAGGUAGCAUACCACCUGAAAUCAGCAAUAUGGAGAGUUUACAGACACUCAAUCUUUCUCACAACAAUCUUUCUGGUUUCAUACCAUCAAGUUUUGAAGGCAUGCACGGCUUGUUAUAUGUGGAUGUAUCUUACAAUGAAUUGGAAGGUCCCCUCCCCAACAACAGAGCAUUUCAACAAGCUCUGCCAAAAGCUUUACAAGGGAACAAAGGACUGUGCGGCAACGUUGAAGGUUUGCAUUCUUGCACAAUUGGCCCAAGAAAGGACCACAAAUGGGUAUUUGGAAUCACAUUCUCCCUUAUAGCAGCAAUUUUACUUCUUUCUGCUUUCUUUACAAUUAAAUUCGUAGUGCAAAGAAAGAAGAAACAUCCAAAAAAAGCAGAAAAAAACUUGCAUGAAGAAAUAUCGUUUUCAGUUUUAAAUUUUGAUGGAAAGUCAAUGUAUGAGGAAGUCAUAAGGGCAACAGAAAAUUUUGAUUCCACAUAUUGCAUUGGGAGCGGGGGACAAGGAAGCGUCUACAGAGCAAAUUUGUCAAGUGACAACAUAGUGGCUGUGAAAAAACUACAUCAAUUGUGGGAUGGCGAGAAGAAUUUGGAGACGACAUUCUUGAAUGAAAUAAGGGCACUAACAGAGAUAAGACACCGGAAUAUUGUGAAGCUUUAUGGUUUUUGUUCACACCAUCGACACUCGUUUUUGGUGUACGAGUUUGUUGAAAGAGGUAGCUUGGCUACAAUUUUGAGCAAAGAUGAAGAAGCUAAAGAAGUAGGGUGCAGACAAAGGGUUAAUAUUGUUAAAGGUGUAGCUCAUGCCUUGGCAUACAUGCACCACGAUUGUGUGCUACCAAUUGUGCACCGGGACAUAUCAACCAAGAAUAUUUUGUUGGAUUCUAACUAUGAGGCCUCUGUUUCUGACUUUGGGACUGCUAAGUUUUUGAAUCCAGGCUCAACAACUUGGACUGCCGUUGCAGGCACAUAUGGGUAUGUCGCACCAGAACUUGCAUACACCAUGGAAGUGAAUGAAAAAUGCGAUGUUUAUAGCUUUGGAGUGGUUGCUAUGGAAACAAUCAUGGGAAGGCAUCCUGGUGAUUUUUUCUCAUCAUUCUUAUCAAUGCCUUCUUCUUCCACAUCUUCAUCGGUAUCAACAUUACCACCCCAUCAAAUGUCAGUUGUGGAUGUUCUGGACCAACGCAUUUUGCCUCCAACACAUCAAGAAGCAGGGGAAGUACUCUCUCUUAUGAAGAUUGUGUUUUCAUGCUUGAAUCCUAGUCCGCAUUCUCGUCCUACAAUGAGACAAGUUACUCAACUCCUCUCAACUCAGAAGUUGCAUUUGUCGAAGCCAAUACGUAUGAUAACCUGCGGUGAAUUGUUUUCUCUAGAUCCUUUGACGGCCUGAGAAGCAAA